AUGCCUGCGUCCAGGAGACUCACAAAGGAGCUCGAUGACAUCAGGGAAUCUGGACUUAGGCAUUUCUGCAACAUUGAAGUCGACGAAUCAAAUAUCUUAACCUGGCAAGGGCUCAUUGUUCCUGAUUGUCCUCCAUAUGACAAAGGAGCAUUUCGCAUUGAGAUCAUCUUUCCUGUCGAGUACCCCUUCAAGCCACCCAAGGUCACUUUCAAGACAAAGAUCUACCAUCCCAACAUUGACGAGAAGGGUCAGGUCUGCCUGCCUAUCGUCAGUGUGGAGAACUGGAAACCAGCAACAACAACCAUCCAAGUGAUCGGUGAUCUCAUUGCUCUGGUGAGCGUCCCCCGGCCCGAGCACUCGCUGAGGGCAGACCUGGCAGAGGAAUACACUAAAGACCAAAGUAAAUUCAUGAAGAAUGCCGAGGAGUUCACAAAGGAACACAGUGAAAAGCGACCUAUGGACUAACGUCACCACACUGACACUCACUGCUGUUGGCCUCCUUUCUGUUUCCUGUUGAAAAAGCUCACCCUGAUUCUCUGUUCUUAUCUCGAAAACCACACAGAGUUGCCCAGAUUUGUGUACCUGCAUUGUUUUAGCACUCUGCACCACUAAUAGAGGAUUGUGUUUUCUGUUUCACUUUGCCAAGAAAGAAAGAAAAAGCAGUACUUUUGGUGAAUAGGCAGGUUCUGGCCUC